UUGGGUGCCAGACGAGGGCCUAGUGCCUAGGGCACCUAGGGGCAAGGAGGAAGAUGGCGUAGCAAGCAUCAAAGAGCAAGGAGGAAGAUGGCCAUACGUAUCCGAGGAAGAAGAGCGAGAGCUAGCAGGGAGAGAACGACCCAAUCGACGGCGAGAGAGAGAGAGAGAGGAAAUGACAAGAUUGGCGGCAGUGACAAGUGCGACAAGAGAGAGUGAACGGGAAAGCGGCAAGAGAGAGAAAGGCGUUGGUUUCAAGCUUGUUAUACAGAAUUGAGAUUUUAGAUUAUACUGAAGUGUUGCAUUUUAUGGAGCCCUUGUGGAAGCUUGCAUAUUUGUUGGAGCCGGCUCCAAUCACUCUUAUGUUGACUGCCGUAGCUGUGACAUUUGGAUCUGCUUUCCGAGCCUUAAAUUAUGGGAAGGAAAUGGAGCGAAACCGUGACUUGUCAGAAGCAUCCAUUACUUUAGAUAGGUCCCAGGCACUUAUGAUUCCAGUAAUGAGUUCUUUCAGCCUGCUGCUGAUGUUCUAUCUGUUUUCCUCUGUCUCACAACUUCUGACCAUUUUCACUGCCAUUGCCUCUGUGUCAUCGCUUUUUUUCUGGCUAUCACCUUAUAUUACCAUUGUCAGAUCACAACUUGGGUUGGCUGACCCAUUUGUAUCACGAUGUUGUUCCAAGUCAUUUACCCGAACCCAGGGGCUCUUGUUGUUGCUAUGCUCCGGUACUGUUGCAGCUUGGCUUGUUUCUGGAAACUGGAUAUUAAACAACUUGUUGGGAAUUUCUCUAUGCAUUGCGUUUGUUAGCCAUGUGCGGCUCCCGAACAUCAAAAUUUGCGCAAUACUGCUUGUUUGUCUGUUUGGGUAUGACAUAUUCUGGGUAUUUUAUUCUGAGAGAUUUUUUGGUGCCAAUGUCAUGGUUUCAGUAGCAACACAGCAAGCAUCCAAUCCUGUUCACACAAUGGCUAAUAGCUUAAGUCUUCCUGGGUUGCAACUUAUUACAAAAAAGUUGGAGUUGCCAGUUAAAAUUGUCUUUCCUAGAAAUUUGUUUGGUGGAGUGGUUCCUGGAGCAAGUGCUGCUGAGUACAUGAUGCUUGGUCUUGGUGACAUGGCCAUUCCUGCUAUGCUUCUGGCGUUGGUUUUAUGUUUUGAUCACAGAAAGAGUAGGGAUUUGAUAAAUGCAUCAGAUUUGGCUUCCUCAAAGGGUCACACUUACAUAUGGUAUGCCGUGUCUGGUUAUGCAAUUGGAUUGAUAAGUGCUUUGGCUGCUGGUAUUUUGACUCGUUCACCCCAACCGGCACUCCUAUAUCUGGUGCCCUGCACUUUAGGACCCAUACUUGUCAUAUCUUGGAUGAGAAAGGAGCUGAUAGAGCUGUGGGAAGGAACAUCACUGAAUAUGAAUGAUAAAACUCACUUGACAGAAGUUUGAGCUGUUGUUACAGUCGGUCCCGGAUCAUUUCUUGCUGAGCCUAUUGAAACGUGUAAAUUCACCUGUGAUAGUGAAAUACCAAAUUGUUGAACACAACUUUUUGGAUUACAAACUGUGUUAAUCCUCUAAGCUCAAUAAUAAGUAGAACAUCAUCUCUGUCGCUCUUCUUCC